AUGUUGUUAAGUUUGCUUAUGUCGCUUGAAGUGUACAGACUUAAAAAGGAAGAGUCAAACAUUAAUCACUUGAAUAUUUGUAAUAUUUCAACUAACAGCAAUACAUUAACACAAUCAUCUAAUUAUUUAUUAAUAAUUUCCCGUGAAUUCGAAAGUUUCCUGUCUACAGUUAAAACCAUAAAAAUGAGCGCUGAAUGGGGAUAUUCAAUUGAAAAUGCGAAAACACUGAACUUACUUCCUCUUAUACAUAGUUUACUGAUUUCUAAAGACGAACGAAUUACUUAG